CACAGGGAUUAUCCGGGCACUUUUCUCUUUAUCAUAUUAUCAAGAAUCAAACACACCAAACGCAUCACUAUACGGCCCUAACCACCACCAAUACUCCGUUCAUCGGCGGCGGCUCAUUCACUUACGACGGUCACUUCAUAUCUCACAGGUGUUAAAAGACAAAGAGAUGAGUGCUUACAAGGCAUACAAAGCUUGUGUCCCAAUAACAUGGAGCCCUAAUCUAUACAUAACUCUAGUUAGGGGAAUUCCGGGAACCCGAAGACUUCACAGGCGCACGUUAGAAGCGUUGCGGUUAGGAAAGUGUAACCGGACUGUUAUGAGAUGGAAUACUCCUACUGUUAGAGGAAUGCUUCAACAGGUUAAAAGAUUGGUUGUUAUUGAGACGGAAGAAAUGUUUAAGGCGCGUAAAGAGAAGGAAGCAAAGCAUCGCGCUAUUCGUCCGCCUUUGGUUGUCAGCCAUCUUAUUCCGCCUGCAAAUGAGUCGUCUCAACAGGCUGCGUAAUAGUUUUGGUGUAAGUGCUUGUUUUAUAAUUAGCCAUUUUGGUUACAAUUAAGAAAGUUUUUUAUUUUACAUAUUCCCGUAACAAUUUGGGAAACUCUUCGGUUGAAUUGGAGAAUAAUGUUAUCAUUUACGCUAUCACGAUCAUGUCUACAUGCGAUUUUAUGCUUAGGCGAUUUUAUGUGUAGGCGACAUUAUAAUGUUAUAUAGCUACUUUGUUAAGGGCCUUA